ACCCUCGUCGCGCCAAGUCUUCCGUCAGUAGGCCCUUUGAGCCGGAAGCGGAUGUGUGCUGUGGCGGAAGCCGUGUUUUUUCGCCUUAGGGGGGUUGGAGAAGCGGCAGAAGCGUCAACCCGUUCAUCAUGUCGAUCGAAAUCGAGUCCUCGGAUGUCAUCCGGCUGAUCAUGCAGUAUUUGAAGGAGAACAGUUUGCAUCGUGCCUUGGCCACCCUGCAGGAAGAAACCACUGUCUCACUGAACACUGUGGACAGUAUUGAGAGCUUUGUAGCAGACAUUAACAGUGGUCACUGGGAUACAGUCCUGCAAGCGAUACAGUCGUUGAAGCUACCAGACAAAACACUCAUCGAUCUAUAUGAGCAAGUUGUUUUGGAAUUGAUAGAGCUUCGUGAACUGGGUGCUGCCAGAUCCCUGCUGAGACAGACUGACCCCAUGAUCAUGUUAAAGCAGACCCAGCCAGAGCGAUAUAUUCACCUUGAGAAUCUUUUGGCUAGGUCCUACUUUGAUCCACGCGAGGCAUACCCAGAUGGAAGCAGCAAGGAGAAACGAAGAGCUGCGAUUGCCCAAGCGUUGGCUGGUGAAGUCAGUGUGGUGCCUCCGUCUCGCCUUAUGGCACUGCUGGGACAGGCAUUGAAAUGGCAGCAGCAUCAGGGACUUCUUCCUCCAGGUAUGACAAUUGACUUGUUCAGAGGCAAAGCUGCUGUGAAGGAUGUUGAAGAGGAGAAGUUCCCCACCCAGCUCAGUAGGCAUAUUAAGUUUGGCCAAAAGUCACAUGUGGAGUGUGCCCGAUUUUCUCCCGAUGGUCAGUAUCUGGUCACUGGUUCUGUGGAUGGAUUCAUUGAAGUGUGGAACUUCACCACUGGGAAGAUCAGGAAGGAUCUGAAGUACCAGGCUCAGGAUAACUUUAUGAUGAUGGAUGACGCUGUGCUGUGCAUGUGUUUCAGCCGGGAUACUGAAAUGUUAGCGACUGGAGCCCAAGAUGGCAAGAUCAAGGUGUGGAAGAUUCAGAGUGGGCAGUGCCUGAGGCGAUUUGAACGAGCGCACAGCAAGGGUGUCACCUGCCUGAGUUUUUCAAAGGACAGUAGUCAGAUUCUCAGUGCCUCUUUUGACCAGACAAUCAGGAUCCACGGCUUGAAAUCUGGGAAGACUCUCAAGGAGUUCCGCGGUCAUUCUUCAUUUGUCAACGAAGCAACUUUUACCCAGGAUGGACAUUACAUUAUCAGUGCAUCUUCUGAUGGCACUGUCAAGAUCUGGAAUAUGAAGACGACAGAAUGUUGCAACACCUUCAAAUCACUCGGCAGCACAGCUGGGACAGACAUCACUGUGAACAGCGUGGUCCUGCUGCCUAAAAACCCAGAGCACUUUGUUGUUUGCAACAGAUCAAAUACCGUGGUUAUUAUGAACAUGCAGGGACAAAUUGUGAGGAGCUUCAGCUCUGGUAAGAGAGAAGGGGGUGACUUUGUCUGCUGUGCCCUUUCUCCCCGUGGCGAGUGGAUCUACUGUGUGGGUGAAGACUUUGUGCUGUAUUGUUUCAGCACAGUGACUGGCAAGCUGGAGAGAACUCUAACUGUUCAUGAAAAGGAUGUAAUUGGUAUUGCGCACCAUCCCCACCAGAACUUGAUUGGCACCUAUAGUGAAGAUGGGCUGCUGAAGCUCUGGAAACCAUAGGACUGAUUUUUUUCAUUUCCUGCAGUGCGACGGAAAGGUGUACAUUAGAGUGGUUUUGUUGUUGUUAUUGUUGUUUUUUUAUGAGGUCCAGAAGUGUGGCUUUUUAACUUCUACAGAAUUUCAUAUUCCAGGUGUCCUAAGAGGAAAGUAUAUAUAAUUUUUACGUUCUGGAUAAGGCUUGUUAGUGCCGCAUUGGCUGAUUCUGUACCUGUGCGGCAAAGGCCAUUUCAUUUUACAAAUGCAACCGCUCCUGUAAGAUUUCUGUUGUGUAUGAAUUUUAUGAGACAUGUAACAACGAGUCCUGACAUGUUUUUGUGGAAAAAGAUUAUUGGCAAAGGCAAAGUGGCAGAAAACAAAACUGUGGCGCUUUUACGGUCUGAAAAUGAGGCCUGUUAGAGUUCUGUUUGUGAAUGCUUUAUGUGGGUACCUCGGUGUUUGCAAUAUGCAUGAACCAGCCGACGUGAAAAACUUUAAAAUCCCACAGAUCACAUUGAGGGAGUAAAAUGUGAACAUAAACCUUCCUUUUUGAAACCAUUUCACUUUAGCCUGGGAAGGAACACUUAGUAAAUCUUCCUGGCUCCCAGAAACAAAAUAAACGACAACAUUUUUGUGUCUUUUUCCAUGGUGGGCAUUUCAACCUCCCAUUUACCCAUAAACUAUUGUCCAUAAACUGUGAUAGAUUUUAAGGUCCCUGGAGAGGUGUGGUGUGAAUUGGCAUUGUUCAGCCUCUGUUAUCAUUUAAAUCAAUAAGUUCUUUUCCAAUCGGUUCUUUUCCAUUAGUCUUGCUGUUCAAACUUGCCACCAUUUUUUGAUUACCAAAUAUGUGUAGCUUUUAUUGGGAACCAGUGGUUAGGUGGUUUGUUAUUCUUCUAGAAUAAAAUUUUGUCUAUUAACAACA